AUGAAGCGAACCAGGGCGCAGAACCCCAAGCUCCAGGACCCGCAGGACCCCUCCUCCGCCGCCGCCAACCCCAAGCCGCAGCGCAAGGCCAAGCAGCCGAGGCAGCCCAAGGCGACUGCUACGGGCAGCAAGAAAGCCACGGCAGCGGCGGCGCGCGAGGCUGCUGCUGCGGCAACCGCUUCCGCUGCCGCCUCCGCGGCAUCCGUCGAGGUUGAGAUGGCGCCGGUCGUCCCAGACGUCGGAGGAGGACUCGAGGCGGCUGGCGGCCUGCCGGCGGACUGGGACGAGAUGGACGGCGGGCUGGGCGCCAAUGUCUCGCCCUGGUGGACGUUCGGGGUCGAGGAGGAGAAGCUGCUCGGCUGGUUCCCCUUCGUCGAGGAGGACUUCGGCGGCGGCUGCCACGGCGCCGGCGCCGCCGGCGCCCGCGAGCACGAGGCGGCGGCAUUCGACGACGACAUCUGGAGGAUCCACCAAAUCUACGAGAUCCCGAGCUACGCAGCCAAGUGAGGCCCA